GUCGCAGCCAUGUUUGGAGGACGUCAGAUUCGCUCAGGAGUACCUGAGAAAGUUCUACCAUCUGGAUGGGAGCCACGGACUUCGCAGCGAGAGGGACGUCACAGCCGUGGAGACCAAGAUUGGAGAGAUGCAGGCCUUCUUUGGCCUGGAGAAGAGCGGACAGCUUGACCCCCGAACCCUGGAGGUGAUGAAGAGGGAAAGAUGCGGAGUGCCGGACGUUCAGCAGUACAAUUCCCAGCCCAACAGACCCAAGUGGAAGAACCACACCAUCACUUACAGGAUUCAGAACUACACUCCUGACCUGACAAAGCAAGAGGUGGAGAACACAUUCCGCAGAGCCCUGAAGAUCUGGAGCGAUGUAGCUCCACUGAGGUUUAUCAGAGUUGACCACGGGGAAGCAGACAUCAUGAUAAACUUUGCUUCGAAAGGACAUGGCGAUUUCUUUCCCUUUGACGGCCCCAGCGGCGUACUGGCUCACGCUUUCGAACCUGGGGAGGACUUAGGGGGUGACGUGCACUUUGAUGAGGACGAGGUCUGGAGGAUGGGACGCCGUAAGCCUGGUUACGACCUGUUUACCGUGGCUGCUCACGAGCUGGGACAUUCACUGGGCCUCCCUCAUUCCAAGGACCCUUCGGCCCUCAUGUACCCCAGCUACAGAUACAGCAGCAUGGCCCAGUACACCCUGCCCAGAGACGAUGCCCUUGCGAUCCAGGCACUGUACGGUAGGGGAAAAAAACCGACGGCUUUAUGAGGCCACAAGAAAUGCAAUCCCGGCAUGACUUUCGAUGCAGUGGCGAUGAUCGGGCAGGAAUUAGCUUUCUUCAAAAACAGUUACAUGUGGCUGAGAGCUACAGGGCCAGAUCAUCAGUACUUUCUGAGAGAGGGGUACAGCAGCACCUACCUGCCCAGCAUCGGCUCACCCGUGGAUGCUGCCUAUGACAUCGCAAGCAAGGGCGUGGCCUACAUCUUCACUGGUUCUAAGUACUGGAUAGUGCAGCAGUUAAAUAAGAAGAGCUACUAUCAGGGAUCUAUCUAUGACUUUGGAUUUCCUCCAGGAGUGAAGCAGAUUGAUGCUGCUGUCCACGUGAAUACGUUUGGGAAAACGUAUUUCUUUGUAAGAGAUGUGUACUACAGGUAUGAUGAGGACGAAAAUGCAAUGGACCCAGGCUACCCAAGAAAAAUCAAAACUGAUUGGCCAAUCAUUGGAAAUAGAAUCGAUGCUGCAUUUGAACAUUCAGGAUACAUCCACUUCUUCUCCGGAAAAACAGUGCAUACGUUUGACUACAUAAGGCAGCGGAUGUGGUAUGCAGGAACAGCUAAUGCCUGGCUGGGCUGCUGA